UUGUUGAUGAUUAGCUUAUUAUACCAGGCUUUUCAUUUCUGCUGUGAAUCCAUGCCAAUGUUCAACAACCUCCUUAAUUUAUCUAUCGAGAGUGACAAGGAAAAAGGUUGGCAAGUAAUGCCACUUCUGCUCAAUAGUUGUCCAAAUCUACACACUUUAGUCAUCAAGGGUCUUGUGCACAGAAUAACAAAUAGAUGCGGAGAUGCAUGUGCUUGCAUCCCUAAGAAGCAGAGGAAGAUUUUGGAGGAGGAGAAGACAAUAAGUUGUUUAUGGACAUGUCAAGUGAAGGUGCUAGAGAUUUUAGAGUAUGGAGGUUCUUUCGAAGAGCUGAACCAGAUGAUGCAUUUCUUAGGUAAGUUGGAAUGUCUUGAAACUGUUAAAGUUGGUGUUAACUCGGACAAAGACGACCAGAUUGAGUUCUUGCGAGCUAAUCUACUGACUCUCCCCAAAGCUUCAUCAAAGUGUGACAUCCAAUUCAGCUGAGAGCUUUAUCUUUCUCGGCUAUAUAUGCCAAUAUUUAGAUGCAACUUAAAUCGUGUAUGGUUAUUAUCAUUUAAAUAUCAUUGAAGUUGGUUACAAUUUGUUUCAUUUCAGAAGAUAUGUGUGUGACUUGUCCUAAUGC